AUGCUUCCGUUUCCCUCACCCUUCUCCACAAUUCUCGACAAAGAGUGCGAUCCAUUCAAGGGCAGUAUCUACAAAACCGUGAGCCUCCACUCUCAUGAUUUUAAUCUUGACCCACAUUCUUAUACGAGUGGUCGAUGGCUGCGUCGUGAUAAGUUAGAGCGCGAGGCGCGUUACAUCAAGUUCGACUUCGAUGCCCUUUGCCGAAGGGUCCUGGAGUUAACUCCCGCGGCCAACGCUAUCACUGCCUGUCAGAAGAUCGAGGGUGGUUUCAAUAGGAUCUUCAUCUUUCACUUGAGCAAUGCCAAGCGCAUCGUGGCGAGACUCCCAUUUACCUUAGCUGGUCCGGCGAGGCUCACAACAGCCUCAGAGGUAGCCACAAUCAAGUACUUGCAAGCCAAAACUAGGAUUCUCAUCCCAACGAUCCUAGACUGGAGUGAUAAUGCCACAGAUGACUGUAAGCUAGUUGGUACCGAGUACAGUAUCAUGGAGCAUGUCGACGGUGUCCAGCUACACCAGAAAUGGCAGAGUCUGGCUGGUGACCAGAAGAUCAGAUGCAUCAAAGGUAUCCAUGAGAGCCUUAAAGAGGUGGUUAAUCUAGAAUUUCCCGCUUUCGGAAGCUUGUACUUUUCAGAUGGUCCGCUGGAUCCUGGCAAGAAGGGGUUUUUAGACGAAAACUUUUACAUCGGGCCCCAUUGCGGACCUCGAUACUAUGAUAUUGUGAGACCGAAUCAUGGGCCUUGGUCCAAUAAUAUCGACUUCACUGACGGCCUUAUCGAUGUCGGUCUAUCAAGGGUUCCGCCUGCUGAGCUUGAUGCUGAAAGCAGACCUUCAUACCACGGGUCAAUCCAAGCACAUUUGACUCUCCUUGGACACGCUCGGAAAGUACUAAAGCAAAUGUCAGCAGAUCCUCGUAUCCAGAACGCCGCUACACCCUUGCUAUUUCACCCCGAUCUACAUAAGAGAAACAUAUUUGUUUCAGAAGACGACCCUUCUAUAGUCACGGGCAUCAUCGACUGGCAAGCAGCCAGUAUCGAGCCAUCAUGGUGGUAUGCAGAUGAGGUGCCUAAUUUUGCUAUGCAUAGCGAAUCUGGAUCAAAUUUAUGUCGGCAAGCGUUUGAGGCGUGCACUCAGUUUCUGACACCCAGAUUAGCUGGACCGAGACUGAUGAACGAUAGUCUCUUCCGGCCGUUUCGCUAUAGCUACAGGACAUGGAAGGAUGGCGCGGUAGCACUACGAGACGAGCUAAUUGGAACAGCUCAACAUUGGGAAGAGCUGGGAUUCGCAGGUCAAUGUGCGUAUCCUUUACCAACACCUAUGGAAUUGGCUAGGCACAAGAAACAAUUCAAGCUUUUUGAGGCAGCUCAUGAUCUGAAAGGCGAAUUGGCAAGCCUGCUUGGCACUGCUACUGAUGGGUGGAUGCCUCCUGAACAAUUAGAAACGACUAAGGAGGCCAACAUGGAGAUAUUUCAAGGAAUAUUGCACGAGGUUUUGACAAAUGAGGACACGGAAGACGAACCAGUGACGGAUGAAGCGAUCCUUAGGUCUAUUUGGCCUUUUGAUCUUGACCGGUAAACAUGGAAGUAUACACACUCUAGAGGAAAACCUACGGGUUAUCCGGAACCAGGGUAAUUUGUUCUUAUCUUAAGUCCGACGGCGCGAUAACGAUCGGCAACGUUACCCCCCGCAUAAAUGCC